AUGCUCACCUGCUUUGAUCCCGAAGUCUGUGCUAUGCUCCAGCUCAAACAGAACAAAUACCCAGUUCUCCAGCUUGGAAUUGCUCCCGAGUACAUGGAUACACGUCUUGAAGAUUGCUCUACUUUGAUGUACUCCGCUGUAAGCAAUGGCCUCUUAGGUGUAUGCCUAGAUAGCAGAUAUUUACUUGCCCAUCCGGCAUACCUAAAGCUAGCACAUAGCUUAGGCCUCGUUUUGUUGCUCUGGGGUGACGCCGCGAACGAUCCAGAUGUUCGCCACCGUCUUAUCGAUAUGGGCGUUGAUGGUCUUAUUUUUGAUCGGUGA